AUGGCUGACCACACCUGCGUGGAGCACUUGACUCCGCUGGACUUGCCUAUGCCCAGAACCUACAUCCGGGUUCUCUUCGUUUUCCCAACGGCAAGUCCAACAACAGAACUCAGCCAGGAGCUUCAAUGCGGCCUCGAAAAGCUUGCGAAACAAGUGCCUUGGAUCGCCGGAAAUGUUUUUCUCACCACUUCAACGGAUCAGAAAGCUCCCCUCGAAAUCCGAUACCAUGCAGACAAGACGCCGAGACUGCAGGACAAAGGCCAGAUAGCGGCCUCAUAUGCCAGUCUUUCUUCGCAAGAUAUGCCCAUGAAAGCCAUCCCACUCGACGUCUGGCCAACACUCCCAAGCUUGCUCGGUAACACCCCUUCUGAGACAGGGGACCCCGUUUUUGCUGUCAGCUUCUUCCGCUUCGCAGAUCAGGGUGUGGGCUUAUGCAUCUGCUUGCAUCACAAUGCAGUCGAUGUAACUGGCUUCUCGGAAGUAGUGCGACUAUGGGCCGAGAAUGUUGUCCAACAAAACCAGACCCAUCCCUCCUACGGUCUACAAGGAAGUGGUGAUAGGCUCGUGCAGCUUUCCAAGGCUCUGGAGCCUGAUCUGCGGGGGAUCUCCUCGCUUUCAUCUAAGUCCGCACAACGUCAAUUGACCACCAAUGUUAUCCUCUGCGCGCUUCUCUGGACAUCAAUCACUCGUGUACGAGCACAGCGCAACCCUGAUCUCAGACGCCAAACAAGUCGCUUAGUGACAGCCGUCAACGGUCGGUCACGCAUACCGGGCAAUCUGCAACCAAUGCCCGGGAACCAACAAUACCUUGGAAACGUUGUUCUCUACGCCUUGGCAAACUUCUCCUGUGCUAAUCUCGCUACGGCCGAUGAGGAUCCAGUAAGAUCGCUUGCCAAGAUAUGCGACCGUAUCUCCGAAUCGCAGUCACCCGCGACGAUCGACUCACGUUUUAUUGCUGAGACGUACCGGCUUGUGGAUUCCAUGGAGGAUUAUAGGUCGCUUUUUGCGGGUUGGGACUUGUUCGGCUCUCGUGAUUUUACUAUUACAAGUUGGGCGGGUUUGGAUUUAUAUGGUGUGGACUUUGGGCCAUUGCUUGGAAAGCCGGAGUUCGUUAGAUUGCCUUGCAUGGAGGUAGAUGGUGUGGCUAUUGUUCUACCCCGUCGGAGAAAUGUCUGUGAUGAAAGGCUUGAGGUGAUGGUCAUGCUGCGAUGUGAUGAUAUGGAGUCCUUGGAAAGAGAUAGUAUGUGGCAGACGCUAGUUGGUGGUGGUAAGAGCUGUGAGGCUUGA